AAUAUUGGUUCUACCCGCAUUUACUGAACUCAAUCAACUCAACCUUGCCGUUGUUUGCAGUAAGGUGCAGAAGACCAUGGAAGACGGAAGCUAUUUAAAUUUCAAAUUGAAUUUCAUCGUAAAUCUUGAGAAUUCGUGUCAGAACACAGGACAGUGCCAGGGCUUCAUCUAUUUACAUGUACAUGAUGUAAUUAAUCAUACAAUGAGAUCAUUGUGAUACGAGUGUGACGAGUAAGGGAUACUUUCGAAGAACAGUAUUCAGCUCUGACAGACAGUGUUAAUUGAUCUUGAUGAUGGGCCAACUAUAAUUUUUCUGUAGGCCCUAUAGUAAGCCACCGAUCAUGUAGAACGGGAUGUCUUCUAAGGUCACCGAAGAACAGUAUUCUCCAGUGCCACACUGAUCUUGAUGAUACAAUUUCUGAAUAGAUGUAGUAAGUUACAACCUUGUCAUAUAAAACACGACUAAGGGACACAAGGGAUAUCUUCGAAGAAUAUCAAAGAACAGUAGUCAUCCCCGCAUAGCUAGAUUUCACUUUAUCUUGAUAACAUCAUGUAGCUACCCUUCGUCUUAUAAAUUCAUGGUGAUAUCACAAUUUAUCGAUCUUUUGGAAUAGAACAUGACUGCAAGAAACAAUUUGUAAUUUCAGCAUCAAAUACAUCGUAUUUAUGAUUAAGAGUCAUCGACAUUGUGGUAGCAUGGUCUUAGAAAUUGAACAUUGGACAAACUUAACCCUUAAAAAAAUAUAAUUUAUCAUACAGAAGAAGCGACUUAUCGAACGAUACUUCAUGAACGUUCUCUUGACAAGGCAGCGGUGGAGUCAUAACCAUGGUGAGAGAGGCAGGGUUUCCAUUUUCGUUUUAAAAUCAGCAAAUCUUUCUCUCUUUGUUUUCUUUGUAAAUAUAGUUAACGACAAUCGCGACAAUGGAGAGUAUAAAUAGUAAAGAGCUUGUUACGAACAUGUCACGUGACAUCCCAGAUAUGACGAUGGCCUCAUCGCAUAUCGUUAUCUUACUCGUGGCAUUCGUACCGCUAUCGCUCUGUAUCGUAAUCGGCAACCUCUUAGUCAUGGCAACAGUAUAUCGGGAGGUUCGCUUGCACACACCUACAAACUUCAUCCUCGCAAGUCUGGCAGUGUCUGACUUUGUACAAGGGGCGUUGACGAUUCCGUGUGAGUUAUAUACUGACGCAGAAACACAUACGAUGGACUGUUUCAAGAUGACGUACAUGUUAGCGCCAUCUUAUUUUAUGAGCGGAGUUUCCCUUAUGCAUCAAAUUAUCGUAACCCUUGAUCGACUGAUCGCUGUAACUUGGCCACUACGUUACUGUGACUUUGUUACAAAACGUCGCGUUACGAUGACGAUAGUAUCGGUUUGGAUCGGUGGAUCAUGCCCCGCAUGUGCGUUUCUCUAUGUAUGGAUCACAAGUCUCACCGACAGUAUCGAUCAUCAGGUCGGGCAGUGUGGGGGCGGGGCUUAUUUCAAUACUCCCGCCAUAUCAAAGUUUGAGUUAGCCAUGGCCCUACUGGUCUGCCUAGGCCUAUUAAUGCUAACAUCAUUUAACUUGUACAUAUGGAGGGUUGCUGCUCGACAAGCCAGGCAAAUCCGGGACCAGGCCAGAGGAAUGAACGCAGCGCAGAAACAGAGACGUCUUGGAAACUUACAAGCGACCAAGACCGUUCUUGGAAUCGUCGGAACAUUUGUCGUGUCGUGGACCCCCGUCACGAUCUUUUUCUUCAUUUCUCCACAAAUCAACAACAAUUUAAGAUAUGAAGAACGUUUUAUUAUCAAUCAACUAAGCUUCUUCUUCAUUUGUGUGAACUCUGCUAUCAACCCAAUCAUUUAUGGAUGGAAAAAUAAAGAGUUUCGCUGGGGUCUUAUUAAGUUUCUUACUGCAUUGAAACUCCCGUGCAUUCGUGCAAAAAAGAUGGUGCAGCAAAAUAUCGGAGAAUCGACACGGGCCUCGUCAGUAGGUGUCGAUAUCAUGUAGCGGUAUAGGGGCGACAAUUCUCAGGUGAUUGUUGAAGAUCUGAAAGAAAGAGACAAAGCGUAACUUUGGAAGAAAGGGAAACGAAAAGAUAAUAAAGUUUCAAUAAGAGAGGCAUAUGUCAUGUAACCAGUUAUAUUAUUACACCU